AUGUGCAACCACGACUUGAAAAGCCUACACAAGGUCCCCAGGGCCAGUCCACUGAUUAUCAAGAUAAGAACUCGGCUCGCUCAAGCGGUGCAAGGCGCAGGAAGAAAAAAAAGAAGUUCAAGUAGCCAUGCUCAUGCUCCAACCAGCACCUUGUCCAUCUCCUGGCCGGGGUUCACCUCCAUCUUCUGCGUCCUCCGUCCCGACGACGCAGGGGCGGCGGUCUUGGUGCCAUGCAGCACCCGCGGUCCAGUGUGUGCCAGUCACCCACACUCCUCCUACGCUGCGUCACUGACCUCUCUCUUCUCGGCCGGACCUUCUCUCUCUCGCUCCCUCCCUCUGGACUCCCGAGGGACCUUUCAAAACGAGGAGAUCAGCGCCCUUUUAUUACCACCUUUCAAAUGUUGCCGUUUUCCCUCGGAUUUUGAGAGAUUUCAAGCUUUAAAUUUCUUCUUUUCCUGUAUUUCUUCCGAUUUGAGGUUUCUGAAGGCUUGAGAGUAGUCGCAUGAGUUCCAUUUUGAAGAUUUUUGCUACUUUUAAAAUUGAAAAACUGAAAAUAGAGUAGUCUAUCGCCAUGAUUUUUCCCUUUUUCUCUUGGAUAAGAUCGAAUUUUGACAGAUUUGAAGAUUUUGAUGGCUUUGAAACAUUUAAAGAGCUCGGGAUUUUGAAGGUUUCAACGUUUUUUGAAGUUUAAAGACUUGGAAAAUGAACUUCUCUUCCAUCUUUUUGAAGUUGAGAUUUUUGAAAAUACUUUUCGAGACUUAUAAUCUGAAAAAUGAAGCUUCAUUAGGCUUCGAAUAUUUUUCAUGCCCGAGUUGAAAAAUUUUAUUCGACAUUUCCGGUAGAAGAAGACCUUCUAGUUCAAAAACUCGGAUUUUCUUCUUUUGUAAGUUUCUGAAGACUUUCAUCUCAUUUUAUUGAAAUGAUCAACAAAAAAUGAAAAUGUUUUUGUUUUUUAAAUUCCCAGAGAGCUCAAGAAGUAUAUAUGCGUCUUCAAAAGCUUCAAAAAAAAACCUCAAUCUCAAAAGAAAACUUAAAAAUGAUCCAAUUUGAAAAAAAAAAAUCAUCUUUCCCAGCUUCUAUCCAACCUUCUCCCAAGAGACUUUCUCUGCUUUUUUUCCGGGCUCCUCAGCGAAAAUUUGCACUUUUCCGCGCAAUGUUGCACUCCUAAGGCCGUUGUCGACCCUUCUUCCCUUUUUUGGGCCUCAUUCGAAUUUUCAAAGCUUCCAGUUACUCUUUACUCUUCCCAACUUUUUUUCAUUGAACUAGAAAAUAAAAAUAUUUAUUUUAUUGAUUGGGACGCGAGUAAUAUUCAACCAGGACAUUUGGACGUUUUAAGAGAAAAGGUAGGCGUCGCGAUCGCAAGGGGCUGAAAAAGGAGAUUUUUUAAUUUUUUCUUGGAAAAUGCUGAUUCACGGCUGGCUUGAGCCAUCGAAAAAAUGGUCCUGACACGAUAAUGCGUGAGAUAGUGCCUGAGUCACGGAGAGCGCAGACAGGCCACGCCCCCCUUACCGUCCCAAGCUAGCCGUGAAUCAGCCACUGAUUGCGCCCAACUUCUCGAAUUUCUGGGCUUUUUUUGUAUAUGACGAGAGUAGAGACGGCCAGAAGAGACGGCAGUGA